UUUAUUGAUUGUUGGUCAUUGGCCUCUGGGAAGCUUGGGCAGCAGGGGGCAUCCAUGGAGCUGCUGACUGGGACUGGCCUGUGGCCUGUGGCCAUAUUCACAGUCAUCUUCAUAUUACUGGUGGACCUGAUGCACCGGCGCCAGCGCUGGACUUCUCGCUACCCACCAGGCCCUGUGCCAUGGCCUGUGUUGGGUAACCUGCUGCAGGUAGACCUGGAUAACAUGCCAUACAGCUUGUACAAGCUUCAAAACCGCUAUGGUGACGUGUUCAGUCUUCAGAUGGCCUGGAAGCCCGUGGUCGUGAUCAGCGGACUGAAGGCUGUUCGGGAAGUGCUGGUGACCUGUGGAGAGGACACAGCUGACCGCCCUGAAAUGCCCAUCCUUCAACACCGAGGCUAUGGGCAAAAAGCUAAAGGUGUGGUCCUUGCACCUUACGGACCUGAAUGGCGAGAGCAGAGGCGAUUCUCUGUGUCGACCCUGCGCAACUUCGGACUGGGCAAGAAAUCGCUGGAGCAGUGGGUGACAGAGGAGGCUGGCCACCUCUGUAAUGCUUUCACCGCCCAGGCUGGCAGCAGGAAAGCCUACCAUAUUCUACGGCUGUUACAGGUUCUGAACACAUUCCCAAUUCUCCUGCACAUCCCAGGGUUGGCUGACAAAGUCUUCCCUGGGCAAAAGACAUUUUUCACCAUGGUGAAUAAGCUGGUGACUGAGCACAAGAGGACCUGGGACCCUGACCAGCCACCUCGUGACCUGACUGAUGCCUUUCUGGCUGAAAUGGAGAAAGCAAAGGGGAACCCUGAGAGUAGCUUCAAUGAAGCAAAUCUACAUCUGGUUGUCCUUGACCUGUUUGGUGCUGGGAUUGUGACGAGUUCAAUCACUCUGACCUGGGCCCUGCUGCUCAUGAUUCUGCAUCCAGAUGUGCAGUGCCGAGUACAACAGGAAAUCGACGAGGUCAUAGGGCAGGUGCGGCCACCAGAGAUGGCAGACUUGGCCCGCAUGCCCUACACCAAUGCUGUCAUUCAUGAGGUGCAACGCUUUGCAGACAUUGUCCCAAUGAACUUGCCACAUAAGACUUCUCGUGAUAUUGAAGUACAGGGUUUUCUUAUCCCUAAGGGGACGACCCUCAUCCCCAACCUGUCCUCCGUGCUGAAGGAUGAGACUGUCUGGGAGAAGCCCCUCCGCUUCCAUCCUGAACACUUCCUGGAUGCCCAGGGCCACUUUGUGAAACCUGAGGCCUUCAUGCCAUUCUCAGCAGGCCGAAGAGCAUGCCUGGGGGAGCCCCUGGCCCGCAUGGAGCUCUUCCUCUUCUUCACCUGCCUCCUGCAGCGCUUUAGCUUCUCAGUGCCCGCUGGACAGCCCCAGCCCAGUGACUAUGGCGUCUUUUCAUUUCUGGUUAGCCCCUCCCCCUACCAGCUCUGUGCAUUCACACGUUAGCAGGCAACACAUCCUAAUCCAGAAGCUAGCUUAAAGUCACAUGCACAAUAAACCAGUUUUGUGGCUGCCACUUCUUUUCUCAUUCAAAUCUCAUUCCUGUCUGUGCUCAGUCCUCAGAGAACAGUCCUCGACCACACUCUUGCCUGAACCUUCCUUAAUGGACAUCUUGAGUGUUAAGAGAAAGAGGUAACGGCCACACCAGUCCCAUUAGAAUCUGUGUGACAGAGCCGGGCGUGGUGGCGCACGCCUUUAAGCCCAGCACUCGGGAGGCAGAGGCAGGC